AUGAAGAUGAUUCCUCUGCUUCUCUUUUUCUGUCUCUCUGCACUGCCUCCUCGUAUGGUAAAGCCUUCUAAUUAUUCUGAUCAACAAGCUCUCUUGGCUUUCAAAUCUGCUAUCUCUCUCGAUCCAUAUAAUUCCUUGUCCGAUUGGUCUCCCAAUCACACCUUCUGUAAUUGGACUGGUGUUACCUGCUCUUCUUGUCGACAGCGUGUGAUUUCCUUGAAUCUCACGGAUAUGCCAGGAUUAGCUGGCCCUAUCUCUCCCUUUCUGGGAAAUCUUUCCUUCCUUAGAAUACUUAAUCUACACAAUAACAGCUUCCAGGGCCCUAUUCCAUAUCAGCUUGGAAGGCUAUUUCGUUUGAGAAUGCUUCGCUUGUCUGAUAACAAUUUGGAAGGUCCUAUUCCAUCCUCUCUCGGAGGCUGUCGUUCUUUACAAUCUCUCCUACUGCCGUCUAACAAUUUAAGUGGAAGCAUUCCCUCUGAAAUUAGUCUUCUUUCAAAUUUAGAAAAGAUUUCAUUAGGAGGAAACAAAUUGACAGGUCUUAUCCCGCCUUUCCUCGGAAACAUGUCCUCUCUAACUGUCAUUGACUUAGCCAAAAAUAGACUCCAAGGUGGUAUUCCUGCUGAGUUGGGAAUGCUUAUUCAGCUAGAAUGGCUUAAUCUUUUCGGCGUCAACUUAAUAGGGCCAAUCCCGGUUCCUCUUUCAAAUUGCACUAGUCUCUAUAUGUUGCAGCUAUGUCAGAACCACUUAAACGGCCCAAUUCCAUGGGAGUUUGGAAGGCUCUCAGAGUUGCAAUAUGUGUAUUGGUGGGGAAACCAACUCAGUGGAGAAAUACCCAGCUCAGUGGGUAAUUGGACUAACCUCCAAAAACUGGAUUUGAGUGAAAACCAACUGACAGGCACAGUACCCCUAGAAUUUGGGAAAAUGCAGCACCUGACACGGUUCUUUUUAGGGAAAAAUCAUUUGGUGAGUGGAAGCAGGGGGAAAAUACCUGCCAGUUUGGGAAGGUGCAAAACUUUGCAAACGGUGGACUUGGCGCACAACAAACGAACGGGAAACAUUCCUCCUGAAUUCGUAGGUCUUCAAAAUCUCCGGUUCUAUUUUAACGUUUCCAGAAAUUUGUUGCAAGGUUCUAUUUUGGAAGUGAGCAAAAUGGUUAUGGUUUUAGCUAUAGAUGUUUCUCAAAACAAUUUCUCAGGUGGUAUUCCCAGUGCACUGGCAAGCUGUAAGGGCUUGGAAUAUCUAAAUCUUUCUUGGAAUGCAUUUGAGGGGCCAAUCCCAGCAUCACUAGCAGAUCUGCAAAAUCUACAAUACAUGGAUAUUUCUUACAAUAAUUUGUCCGGUACAAUACCGGUGGCUUUCAAAAAGAUGAAAAUGCUCCAACAUCUCAACCUCUCUUCAAACAGGCUGACUGGCGAGGUCCCAAAAGGAGGUGCUUUCGCAACACUUGAUGCCUCAGAAAUAAUGGGAAAUCUUGGUCUCUGUGGUGGAUGGUUAAACUUGCCGCUAUGCUCUCAUUCCAAUCACAAACAACCAUUACUCUCCAAAAAGGUGAUUAUUCCUGCUGUAGUAGGCAUUGCAAUUUUGAUCAUGUCUCUUCUAUUGGUAGCCUUUUCCUAUAGAUACAAACAUUUUAGUACCCCUGCUCUCAAUGUAUGGCCUCGAAAAAUUUCAUAUAAAAAACUUGUAGAUGCAACUAGUGGGUUCAGUGUUGAAAAUCUUUUAGGAAUUGGCAGUUUUGGGUCUGUUUAUAAAGGGAUUCUAAAGAAUGGUCAAAAUAUUGCUGUUAAAGUUCUCAAGUUGAAAGAUGAACAUGCUCACAAAAGUUUUAGUAGAGAAUGCAAUGCAUUGAAGAGAGUUCGGCAUCGUAAUGUAAUUAAAAUCAUUUCAGCAUGCUCCAACCUUGAUUUUAAAGCCUUAAUUCUUCCAUACAUGUCAAAUGGAAGUUUAGAGAGGUGGUUGUAUCCUCCAGAAGGGGAUAGAUGCAGAUUAAAUUUGAGUAAUCGAAUAAAGAUAGCAAUGGAGAUAGCAGAAGGAAUGGCAUACCUUCACCAUUAUUGCUCUGUUCAAGUGAUUCACUGUGAUCUCAAGCCUAGCAAUGUCCUAUUAGGAGAUGAUAUGAUUUCAUAUAUAGCAGAUUUUGGCCUUUCCAAUCUUAUUUUUAGAAAUUCUAUAGAUUCUUUGACUUCUAUAAAUGCACUUAAAGGAUCUAUUGGCUACAUUGCACCAGCACAAGGACAACUUGAUUCUUUGGGUUCUAUGGUGGAUGAUGAGGAUGGUCAAAAGGAUGGGGACCUAUGGCAUCGGGACCCUCCUCAAAAUAAUGAAGAUUCUUCAAAGUUGGCUCCUAAGAUAUUGAGUGCCGAUUUGAAAAAGAUGACAGAGAAUAAAGCUCUCAAACCUUGGAAUCGUCUUUUUGCAAACAAACCCACUGGUAAAUCAUCCUUUCCUUCCGUGGAAGAUAUUUCUGAUAGGAAAAUAGGCAAACUAGCUAUUGCAGUUCUAGACGUGGUAAUAGACCAUAGUAUAUCUCUGAUGGCAUUUUCUCUAGUGGGUAGGGUUGCUAAUGAAGCUAAAGAUGAGAUAGAAGAGAAAGUUGGUUCAAAGGAGGAACAAGGGAAGGCAGUUGAUGUUGAGGCAGAGAGUGAGAAGAAAGAGGUUGAGGGAGAGGAAGAGAAGGUGCAAAGAAAAGAGUACUUUGAAGAGCCAAAAGUCUCGGAUAGCAGGAAUGAAGCUCAACACACUACGAAGGAGGUAAACCCUAGGUCUGUGAGCUCUACCCCGAGUAUGGAGACUACGGACUUCAUUUUGAAAGCUACCAGAAAUAGCACUCUAGAAAUUUUUAACUUCCAGAAAUGGGUGAUUGAAAAUAUCUCCAGUAUUCAGAAUAAACAAAGAGAUUUGGAUCAUAAAAUUCAGAAUUUGAUUAAGGAUACUAAUACUGUAGGUAAAGAGGAUGCAACGAUGGAUACUAGUGAGGCUGAGGAUGAAGAAGAAAUGUAG